AUGGCCAAUGUUUAUGAUGAUUUAUGUCCCUUAGAGUUAAACCAUGAAAAUGUAUCUUUAUUUAAUAAUGUCCACAAUACCAACAAUGGUCAAUAUGAACCAACUCAACCUCAAGCUUCAUAUUCUAAUUUCAAAGGUGAAGAACAAUCUCAAUAUACCAUCUCACCAGAUUCAAACAAUUUAAGAUAUGAUAGUGAUCUGUUAAACCAUAAUAGUGUGUUUGAUAAUCAUGCUCUUCAUGGGGUUAAUAUUAGUGAUGAAUCUUCUCCUAUUGGAAAGAAUCAAAUCCCAUCACCUGAAACUGCUUCAAGUUCAGGUGGAUUAGAUAACUUAGGAUCUAAGAAACAAAAAUCAAAACGUCAAUUAUUAGAUGAACAAGAUGCUAUGUUAAUCGCUAGAGAUGAUUCUGAGUUGACGGAAGAUGAAUUACAAUUAAAGAGAAAAGCUCAAAAUAGAGCUGCUCAAAGAGCUUUUAGAGAACGUAAAGAAACCAAAUUAAAGGAAUUAGAAGCUAAAUUAUUACAAAGUGAAGAAGAAAGACAACAGUUGAUGGAACAAUUAGAUCUUAUCAGAAAACAAAAUAUAUCAAUUCAAACUGAAAAUCAAGUUUUAAGAGCUAAACCUCAAACAAAUGAUUUUAAUAUAAGAGAUAUUGGUGGUGCUAGUGAAGAUAAAUUCACAUUUCCUCAAACUCAAUCUGAUUUUAUUGAUGCUUUAGUUGGUGGAGAAGGUCAUGAAGUUAAUCAAAGUACUAUUAAUAAAGUUUAUGAAAAUUCAGGUCAAAAGAUUUUAGCUAUUGGUGCUGUGUGGGAUUAUUUACAAAUCAAAGCUGAAGAAUAUGAUAUUGAUCUUCAUAAUCUUGAUGUUAAUCUUAUCAUGAGUAAAUUAAGAGGCCAUGAAAAAUGUCAUGGUUUUGGCCCGGCAUAUCCAUUAGAAUUAGUACAAAAGGUAUUUGCUGAAACCGUUGGCCUUUAA